AUGCGCGAGGUCCAGCGGCCGGGUCGCGUGUACACGUACCGGCCGCCGGGCUCGUCCGAGGGCCUGGCGUACCUCGACUCCGGGUCCGAGAUACACCUCACGAGGCUGUGGUCGGUGCCCACGGGGCAGUUCCCGGACGCGCCGCCCUACUACUGGGAGGGGGACCCGCCCCCGCUCGAGAACCUGCCCGCGAGCGACGACCCGGCGGACUGGCGGACAGGGAAGAAGGCCGUCAACAUCGGGCUCGUGGCGGUUUUUGCCUUUAUCACGUCCCUGACCUCGGCAAUAUUCGCCCCGGCCGCCCUCGAGCUCAAAGGCGAGCUCGGCGCGGCCAACCAGGCGCUGGGCGAGCUCUCGCUCUCCAUCUUCGUGCUCGGCGGCGCCCUGGGCGCCCUCGCGGCCGCGCCGGCCAGCGAGUCGUGGGGCCGCGCACCCGUGUAUUGGCUGUCGGACGCGGCCUUCGCGGGGCUGACGGCGGCACCGGGCGGCGGCGGCGGCGACAAGAAAAAAGGCGGCAGGAACAACGAGUGGCUGCUGCGCGGGUACGUCGUCUUCUCGCCCGUGGCGGGCGCGUUGGCGGCGUACACGGCCGUGCUGUUCGGCUGCUUCUACCUCCUGCUGGCGUCGCUGCCCUUUGUGUUCGGCAGCGGCGGCGGCGCCUACGAGGUCGGCGAGCGCUCCAUGCAGCUGUCGUACCUGGGCGUCGGGGCCGGCGCGCUGCUCGGCCUGGCGUACUACGUCUACGCCGUCAAGCGCGACGCCCGCAGGCUGAGCGAGGAGCGCGAGGCGGGGCGGAGGAUCGCCCCGCCGCCGCCGCCGCACCCCACGCCCGAGGACCGGUUGCGGCCGCUGCGGCUGUCGGCGCUGAGCGUGCCCAUCGGCUUUGCCAUCUACGGCUGGACGGCGAGCGCGGGCGCGCACUGGGUGCUACCCGUGCUGGGGUUGGCGGCGGCCGGAUUUGGAGUGGCCGGCGUCUUUGCGGCCGCGCAGCUGUACCUCGUCGAGGCCUUCCCAGGCUUCCCGGCCAGCGCGGUUGCGUCCAACGUCAUGCUGCGGUCGCUGACGGCCGGCGGGCUGCCCAUGGCGGGACCGGCCAUGUUUGGAGCCUUGGGUGUGGGCUGGUGCGGUACUGUGCUGGCGGUGGUGGCCUUUGGACUGGUGCCGGUGCCGUGGCUGGUGGUGAGGUAUGGGGGGAUGUUGAGGAGGAAGUUUGCACCGUAUGGGUUGUGA